CAGCUCCCCUGCUCACCCCAGAGACUCUGGUCUGGCCCUGGCAGCCCGCGACUACCGUCGCCCUUCGCGAAGGGGAAGAGGACCGGGCGAGGCGGGAGCCAGAACUUUUGAAGAAUCCAAAGAAAAAAAUGUCAAGACGAAGUAGCCGUUUGCAAGCUAAACAGCAGCCCCAGACUAGUCAAACAGAUUCUCCCCAGGAAACCCAAUUCCUUCAAGCCAAAAAAAGGAAAACGACUCAGGAUGUAAAGAAAAGAAAAGAGGAGACUGGAGCCAAGAGACAGCAAUAUGAAAUUAGGAAUUGUUGGCCACCUGUGUUAUCUGGGGGUAUCACUCCUUGCAUUAUUAUUGAAACCCCACACAAAGAAACUGUCACCAGUGACUUCUCCAGGUUUACUAACUACAGGUUUAAAAACCUUUUUAUAAAUCCUUCACCUCUGCCUGACCUAAGUUGGGGAUGUUCUAAGGAUGUCUGGUUUAAUAUGUUAAAAAAGGAGACCAAAUAUGUUCAUGAUAAACAUUUUGAAAUGCUACAUUCUGACUUAGAACCACAGAUGAGAUCAAUACUUCUAGACUGGCUUUUAGAGGUAUGUGAAGUGUAUACACUUCACAGGGAAACGUUUUAUCUUGCUCAAGAUUUUUUUGAUAGAUUUAUGUUGACACAAAAGGAUAUAAACAAAAAUAUGCUUCAGCUUAUUGGUAUUACCUCAUUAUUCAUUGCUGCAAAACUUGAGGAAAUCUAUGCUCCUAAAUUACAAGAAUUUGCUUAUGUUACUGAUGGUGCUUGCAGUGAAGAUGAUAUCCUAGGGAUGGAACUCAUCAUAUUAAAGGCUUUAAAGUGGGAGCUCUGUCCAGUAACAGUUAUUGCCUGGUUGAAUGUCUUUCUCCAAGUCGAUGCUCUAAAAGAUGUUCCUAAAGUACUCCUACCUCAGUAUUCCCAGGAAAAGUUUGUUCAGAUAGCCCAGCUCCUGGAUCUCUGUAUUCUCUCUAUUGACUCAUUAGAAUUCCAGUAUAGAAUAUUGGCAGCAGCUGCUUUAUGCCAUUUUACCUCCAUUGAAGUUGUUAAGAAAGCGUCAGGUUUAGACUGGGACAAUAUUUCAGAAUGUGUAGAAUGGAUGGUACCUUUUGCCAGAGUAGUGAAGGGUGGACCUCCGGUGAAACUGAAGAUUUUUAAGAAGAUUUCUGUAGAAGACAGACAUAAUAUCCAGACACACACAAAUUAUUUGGCUAUGCUGGAGGAAGUCAAUUAUGUGUCUGCUUUCACAAAGGUGGGACAGUUGUCACCAGUGUGCAAUGGAGGCAUCAUGACACCACCGAAGAGCACAGAAAAAUCCCCCGGAAAACACUAA